AUGCAUUUUACACUACGAACCCUCCUCAUCGCAGCCUGUGCCACGGGUGUCUUCUGCGACUUCCUGGGCCCAACCUAUCCAGCUCCUACGGAUCUCGCGAGUAACGGUAGCCAUGUCUCCGCCGCUUGGAGGAAUUUCACUUCGACUCUCAAUGGAUUCAUCAGUGAACCAAGCACCAACUUGACGAGUCCUGCGGGGUUAAAAAACCUCACCUUCUCCGUGGGAAUGUUCUCCAUCCACGACGCCUCAGCUGCCGGAUCGUUGCAGCUCCAUCACACGUCUAGCGAGAUUGCCAAUUCAUCUACCGGUGUGAAGAAAGUUGGCGGAAACAGCAUAUACCGCGUUGCCAGCAUGACCAAACUUUUCACGACCUUUGCAGGCAUGCUUAAUCUGAAAGAUAGUGAUUGGGAUCGUCCUAUCACCGACUUUGUGCCCACCCUUGCAGCGUAUGCGGCUGCACAUCCAGCAGAGAAUGAUUUGGUGGAUACUGUCGACUGGGACAAGGUCACACUUGCUGCUCUCGCUAGCCAGAUAGCAGGCAAUCCGAGGGAUAUCUCACCGUACGACCCGGGGGACUACCUCUUGCUAUAUGGCAUCAAUGAGCCGGUGAAUACGUUUGGAUUGCCACCUCUGAAUGUGAGCGAUCCGCUGGCGGCCCCUCCCUGUCUGAUCUCUGAACUGUCAGGGAAUCUGUCCUGUCCCAGCAACGAAUACGCAAUUGGCGCCGAAGCUCGACCACCGAUGUUCCUGCCCUGGACAAGUCCGGCAUACACAGACUAUGGGUUUAUGCUGCUUGGCACCGCGAUAGCCAACAUUACCGGCAUCUCAAUUCACGAUGUCUACCGGGAAAGUAUCUUCAGUCCACUUGGAAUGAAUUCUUCAUUCUCCAACGUCCCGAGCCCAUCCCAAUACAACCAAUACGUCAUUCCUGGCAAUGCUAGCUCAGCAGCAUUGACACCGGCCGGCGCUCCAGAGGUCACGAUACCCUCAGGCGGGAUUUUCUCCACGACGAACGACCUUGCGAAAUUCGGUACCGCACUUCUCAACGGGACUCUCCUUGACCCUGAUCAGACCCGCAAAUGGAUGAAGCCAGUCUCACACACUGCCUUGUUUGAAUACUCGAUAGGAAGACCAUGGGAGAUAUACCGUUACACGCACCCCGACUCCGGACUUGUCACCGACAUCUACACAAAACUGGGCGACUCUGGCUACUACGGCGGCUACAUGGUCCUAAUCCCAGACUUUGAUGCAGGCUUCAGCAUCAUUGCGGCAAGCUCUCUAUCAGAGCGGUCUUCAUUGACUGCUUUACUCGCGGACCUCGUCACUGAGCAGAUGUUACCAGCAUUGACUGCUCAGGCGCAAGCUGAGGCGCAGAAUAGUUUUGUGGGCACGUAUACCUCCGAAGACGAGAGCCUCAAUAGCACGUUGACUUUGACGAUCAAUCCACAAGGGAAACCCGGUCUGGUGAUCACUCAUUUUGUCAGUAACGGCACGGAUGUCCUGCGCAGUGGCGCGAUUGGCGACAGUCCGGUAAGGCUCUUGCACUCGAUAUCCGAUCGCCCCCAUGGACGAAUGGCAUUCAGGACCUCUUCGUUUCGCGCCCCAUCGGGCGGGCUGUUUUCUCAACAGUAUAAUGCCAACCUAGACUGGCUGGACGGUGACUCGCCCACAUAUGGCGGUAUUGGAAUCGGCCUUUUCGUGUUCGAUCUAGAUGCUAAUGGCAAUGCGGUAGCUGUCAGCCCUGCGGCCUGGAGAGUGCGGCUUGUCAAGACCUCCUGA